AUGAUUGUCUCCGUAUACGGCAUCACUUGUACACAGUCUAACAGCCGAAAUCACUGCAUCCAUGUGGGCCCUAAUAUGAGAACCUGGGAAUCAGCAGAGGCAUUCUGUCAAUCACGAAGCGGUCAUCUCACGUCCAUUCAUAACAAAAAGGACAUUGCUGCAAUCAAGGGACUUGGAAACUUGGAAGAAUGCAAAACCUAUUGGACUGGUGGGCAGUGUAGAUACGAGAAAUGUACUUGGAUAGACCACUCAAAGUUUGAUUUCAGAAAAACCGGACCAAAAUAUGUGAACUCAUCCUAUCACUGCAUAUAUUCGUCGUUCAGCACAGGUCUCUGGGAUACGGCGGACUGCAAUAAAAAGAAGUGCUUUGUCUGUGAAACGGGUAUGACAAUGAGCGACUGUGCUGACUGGUACAAAGCAGGCUAUAGAGAUGAUGGUGAGUACAGCAUCACUUAA